AUGUCUUCAAAAUCAAAAAUCAAAGCUCUGUUCUUCAUCUUGAAGAUAUUCAUGUUGAAUGCUCUACCAGCAAUAUAUGCUUGUGGUCCAUGCACUCAGCCACAUCCACCGUACCACCGACCGGGUUAUCCCAAACACCCGCCGCAUCACGGAGGAGCCCACCCCAAAGUCUCCCCUCCUCUGCCGCCAGUCAUUAUCACCCCUCCAAUCAUAUACCCUCCGCCACGCGGUGGGGGUGGCGUUCCUGUAUUCCCUCCUCCUCAACGAACUUGUCCAAUUGAUGCCCUAAAGCUGGGGCUUUGCUUGGAUGUGCUUGGAGGCUUGGUGCAUGUGGGAAUAGGGAACCCAGUGGAGAAUGAGUGCUGUCCACUGAUCCAAGGGUUGCUUGAUCUUGAAGCAGCAAUUUGUCUUUGCACCGUUAUUAGUGUUAACCUUCUCAACCUCAAUAUAUUCCUUCCUCUUGCACUUCAACUUCUAAUAACUUGCGGGAAGACUCCUCCACCUGGUUUUGUUUGUCCUCCUCUCUGA